AUGGUGAAACCGGCGGCCAGAAUAGUGAUAAAGUUUCUAGAAUUACUAGGUUGUGUGGCGUGCGUCAUUACGAAGAUUAUCACCGACCAUGAGUCACGGCGGGUGUUUGUGCGCAACCAGAAGCUAUCGCGAGAAUGGAGCCUAAUACACAACAUAACCUGGAGCAGCGGUGGAAAUGCAUUUACGAACAUCGUCUACGGUGGAUACACGAUAGUCAUCGCACUAAUGUUAAUUACAAGAUGCGUCGAUGCCAAAUCACGUCCGACACUGUUCGAGAAGAUCGUGCUCUCGCUGGGGACACUAUUGUUUUUCGCGGCGGGUGGGCUCGUGUUCGCCUCGAUCGACCAAGUACAUCCGGAUCUGCACGAUAACGCCAUCAUACUGGGCUGUCUGUCGUUUCUGGUGGCGAUCUUGUUCGUGAUCGAUCUUGCCGAUCCGUUAGCACGCAUGACAGCGCACAUGACCCAAACGGAUGCGGCAGGUCUCACGUCUUCAGAUAGCCCCGAUGGUGUGAAGCUAAAACAGGAUGCCGCCACGGACACGGAGGCGGCAGUGUUUGUCGUUUCGAAAGCGGUCCCUAAUGGUGUGCCACAUCGCAUGCAGGAUGAGGAGCAGCAGCACCAGCAGCACCAGCAGCAUCAUCAACAGCACCAGCAUCAUCAACAACACCAGCAACAACACCGGAAUGGGUAUCACGAUGAGUCACCUCUCAACCGAAGCUCGGAAUCCAUCGUCGAACGGAAGGUUUAUCCAUCAGCACAAGUGCCCGUUUUUGCGCACAUCCGCGCACCGGAAGAAAGCCGCCGAAUAGCGGGCAAAGAGAUCCAGUACCUUCCACGGCAGGAUUAUCGCGAUCGUCGGAACUACCGAGAUGCAGGACCUGGUGCAUACUCUUCGAACCGCCAAACGAUGGCUCAACCGACAGCGAAUGGUCAUCAACCGAGACAGAGUGCGGUCGGGUAUCACGAUAACGAUUCAUUCGUCGAAGAUAUCCUUCCGUCACGCCGAAGUACGUACGUCCCAGCGGACAAGUUUGACCAGGAAGCGAUGCAGAUGACCGGGGCCACCGGUCCUAGCCAUCACCGAUCGAGACCGGCACCACCGGCAAAACCACUGAACAUUAUACGCACACACUUUGGAUCGAACCAUAGUUCACCGACAGAAUCGCACCAUAGUGGUGGAGAGUGUCGAUGUUCGCAACGAAGUACCAGCACUCGGAGGCUGGACGAUUCGGGACGAGAUGAACUCGAUUUAGCCCCAGUUCGACCGGGUUUCGUCGCUAAUGCCGCCAAGAAGUGGGACGAUCGAGCUCGCAGCAAAAGCCAACCCAUCGUAGGACUCAACACGAUGGUGUAAUGACACUUCAGCGCCACCGUUAGUAGUAGUAUUUUUAAGGAUUCCCCUUUUUUUCCUUUGUGGGUGUUGGAGAACGGUCAAACAGCCCGCUGUCCCUAUUUUUACUGCGUAUCUUUACUCGAAUGGUUUUAACAACA